CAUCAGAUAUUACCGCUACCUCCUGGCCAUGGUGUACGCCAUCUUGGAAGUAAAUAACUCUUCUGACAUUUUGCCAAAUAUUACGCUGGGCUUCCAGCUCUAUGAUUCGUGUUAUAAUGAAGUACGUUCUCUGAUGGGGACAUCAUGGAUCCUAUCAGGAAAGGAGAAUUUUGUGCCAAACUUUAACUGUCAUCGAAAUAUCAUGCCAAGUGCGAUUGUUGGGGACAUGCCGUCCAAAGCCUCAAUGCCAAUUGCCAGAAUUCUGGGACUCUACAGAUAUCCUCAGAUCAGCUAUGCCUCGGCUCAUCCUCUUCUGAGUGAUAAAACACAAUUCCCAUCCUUCCUAAGAACAAUGUCUAAUGCUAACUAUGAAAUGUUCGCAAUUGCUCGAUUAGUGCAGUAUUUUAAUUGGACCUGGGUGGGUAUCAUAAACUCAGAUAGUGAUUUAGGACGAUCUGGUACUCAGCUUUUAACCAAAGAGAUUGAGAGUAAUGGUGGGUGCAUCGCUUUCCAAGAAGUUCUUCCCCUCUACACAUCUAUGGAGUCUGUGUAUCGCAUUGUAGACGUUCUGAAGAAGACAAAAGCUACUGUGAUCAUUGUUUACACUACAAUGGAAAAUCUCAUUUCUCUAAUGGAAGUCGCUUCAUUUAACAACAUCACUGACAAAGUGUGGGUAGGCACCGGAAGCUGGUCUAUUACGUCUGACUUCCCCAGGAGAGAAAUAUUAACAACCUUAAAUGGGAGCCUCGGUCUUUCAUUUCAAAUUGGAAAAAUUCCAGGAUUUAAGCAAUUUCUUUACAGCAUUCACCCUACUAAAUAUCCAGAUGAUAUAUACAUAAAGACUUUUUGGGAACUUGCUUUUGGUUGUGUUUGGCCAGCUAAUAAAUCAACUCCAUUAAAGGAAGGCUCAGUUUGGUGCACUGGAACAGAGAGACUGGACACCAUUGAUACAUCCGUGUAUGAUGUCAACAAAUUUAUAUACACAUACAAAAUUCACAAUGCAGUGUUUGCAAUAGCCCAUGCUUUGCACCAGAUGAAUAUCUGUGUUCCAGGACAUGGACCAUUUACAAAUGGAUCUUGUGCAGAUAUACAUAACUAUCAGCCUUGGCAGCUGCUGUAUUACAUCAAACAUGUUAAGUUCAACAACACUGCAGGGGAACCAAUCUUCUUUGAUGAGAAUGGGGAUGUUCCAAUCUAUAUGGAUAUUCUGAACUGGCAGCUUUUCCCGAAUGGAAGCAACCAAUAUGUGCACGUUGGCAGCUAUGAUGCCAGCUCCCCUAAGGGCAAAGAACUUAAGAUUGAACUGCAAAAUAUUUUAUGGAAUCAAGGACAAUUGCAAGUUCCCAUCUCAGUGUGCAGUGACACAUGUCCAAGUGGUCACAGAAGAGCCACACGCCAAGGGGAACAGAUCUGCUGUUAUGAUUGUGUGCCUUGCUCUGAGGGACAGAUUCUAAACCCUUAUGAUAACAGUGAGUGCAUCAGAUGCCCAGAAGACAAAUGGCCAAAUAGCAAAAAAGAAACAUGUCUGCCAAAACCUAUUCAGUUCCUUUCCUUCGAUGAGAUGCUUGGCACCAGUCUUGCUUGUAUAUCAGUUUUGCUCUGUCUUCUCACCUUUUCAGUGUUCUGCCUGUUUAUCGCCAAGCACAAGACCCCCAUAGUGAAAGCCAACAACCGAGAGCUCAGCUACCUUCUUCUUAUCUCCCUCAUGUUAUGUUUCCUCUGCUCCCUAGUAUUAAUUGGCCGACCCAACAUGAUAACCUGCAUGAUACGCCAGGUGGUGUUUGGUGUCAUUUUUUCAGUUUGCCUUUCUGUUAUACUGGCAAAGACAAUGACUGUUAUUUUGGUCUUCAGUGCAACAAAUCCAGACAGCAAGAUUAGGAGGCUGGUGGGCCUUCGUAUACCUAUCUAUAUUGUUCCUUCCUGUACAGUCAUUCAAAUAGUCCUAUGCAUUGUUUGGCUGGCCAUCGAUCCUCCUUUUUCAGAAUUUAAUAUGGAAGCAGAAAUAGGAACAAUAGUAAUUGAAUGCAACGAGGGAUCCAAUGUGUUGUUUGCUUGUGUCUUGGGUUACAUGGGCCUCUUAGCUUCUAUUAGCUUGUUAUUUGCCUUUCUAGCCAGAAAACUGCCUGACACGUUUAAUGAAGCCAAGUUCAUUACAUUCAGUAUGUUGGUAUUUGCCAGUGUUUGGGUGACAUUUAUACCUGCUUACCUUAGUACCAAAGGGAAACACAUGGUAGCAGUUGAGAUCUUUGCCAUCAUAUCGUCAAGUGCUGGGCUACUGGUGUGCAUAUUUUUCCCAAAAUGCUAUAUCAUUUUAUUGCAUCCUGAAAUGAACAGCAAGCAAUUUAUUAAAGGGGCAAAUAAUAAAAGAUGGUGA